AUGCCAAGAAAGGCUAAUUUGCUAAAAUCUUUGGCAAGAGGACGAGUACGCACUUCUUUCAAUAAGUAUAAUUUGUUUAAUUUGUACAAAAAGGGUGGUGUAGACUUGAAGUCUAAAUCUUUGUAUCAACAGAAGUGGACGGCAAAGCAGGAAACCCGAGCUUAUCAUGGUGAACAUUUGACAGAAAAGAGAUGGCAAACCGUUUUCAAACCCAAAUUGGAUUCAGUAGCACAAUUGGAUGCUUCACUGCGUGGAGGUGAAAUCAAGGAAACACCAUUUUUAUUACAAACUUUUGCAGUAUUAGAAAAAAGGCUUGAUUUUGCCCUUUUCAGGGCUAUGUUUGCUUCGUCAGUAAGACAAGCUCGUCAGUUCAUCUUGCAUGGAAAUGUUCGCGUUAAUGGUGUAAAAAUUAAGCAUCCAAGCUAUACUUUAAAGCCUGGAGAUAUGUUCAGUGUCAAACCGGACAAAGUGCUGGAAGCUCUCGGUGCCAAGAAACCAAGUUUCCAAGAAGCGCUAAAGAUCGAUAAGACUCAAAUAGUUUUAUGGAACAAGUAUGUUAAGGAAGCGAAAACGGAGCCAAAGGAAGUUUGGGAGAAGAAGUUGGAAAAUUUUGAAAAGAUGUCGGAUUCUAACCCAAAGAAACUUCAGUUUCAAGAAUUUUUGAGGCAAUAUAAUAAGAAUCUGGAGUCACAGCAAUAUAACGCAUUAAAGGGAUGCACACAGGAAGGUAUCUUGAGAAAGCUUUUAAAUGUAGAGAAGGAAAUAGGUAAGUCGAAUAAUGAGCCCUUGUCGAUAGAUGAACUCAAACAGGGUCUCCCUGAGAUCCAGGACUCUCAGUUGUUAGAAAGUCUAAAUAACGCUUAUCAAGAGUUUUUCAAAUCCGGUGAAAUUAGAAGAGAAAUCAUUUCUAAAUGUCAGCCUGACGAGUUGAUUUCACUGGCUACAGAAAUGAUGAAUCCUAACGAAACCACAAAAAAAGAAUUAUCUGAUGGAGCCAAAUCCGCUUUAAGAUCUGGAAAAAGAAUCAUAGCGGAAAGCGUGAAACUAUGGACGAAAAAUAUAACAGACCACUUCAAAACUAGGAUGAGUGAUAUUUCUGAUGGUUCACUAACGUUCGACCCCAAAUGGGCCAAAAAUUUAAAAUAUCAUGAUCCGAUUAAAUUAUCUGAAUUGGAAGGUGAUGAACCAAAAGCACGUAAAUUGAUAAACUUGCCGUGGCAGAAAAAUUAUGUUUAUGGUAGGCAAGAUCCUAAAAAACCCUUUUUCACACCAUGGAAGCCAAGACCAUUUUUAUCGCCUUUCGCCAUUUUACCUCAUCAUUUGGAAAUAUCUUUCAAGACAUGCCACGCUGUAUACCUAAGGGAUCCCGUCGCUCGACCAGGCCAAUCCGAAGUAAUUUCACCAUUUGAUGUUCCUGUUCAUGAACGUGCAUAUAUGUAUUACUUGAGAAAUGGUAAAUGA